GAAAAACACUUCAAGUUUUCGGUCAUUCGCAAAGUGCAUUUCAAAAAGAAAACAUCAACCUCUUUUCGCUUUCCUACAAACAAAAAUGUUUAUUUCAAGACCCAAGAAGGCCAAAAGCCCUGAAUUGAUGGAAUUUGCAGCCAAUGGCAAAGACAUACCGCUUGCGGAGAAUUGGCUCGAAAACUGGUGUUCCCUAUAUCCAAUUUUCGAUGCAGUGCUUGAAAAUGUCUUACAGUUUGAGGUAAGGUCCGAGGAUGUCUUUUUGGUGACUUUCAUGAAAUCUGGCAGCACAUGGAUGCAGGAAAUGGCCUGGAUGUUGCUGAAUGACCUGGAUUAUGAGCAAAGUGGAAGUACACAUCUUAGCCAGAGGAGUCCGUUUUUGGAGGCCCAAGGCAUUAGACCCUAUUUUGGCAAUGAAAUUGAGCGGUGUAAUGCCAUGCCAAGUCCAAGGUUAAUUAAGUCCCAUUUGCAGUCGAAUCUAUUGCCACAACAGAUAUGGAAAAAGAAGGCGAAGAUAAUCUAUGUGGCCCGCAACUGCAAAGAUGUCAUCGUUUCCUCAUAUCACUUCCAGAAGGACACGGGUCUCAUCGACGACACGACUUUGGAGAAUUUUGUAGACGACUUCAUAAAUAAUGACGUUCUUUACGGCGGCUAUUGGCAGCAUGUUUUAAAUUUCUGGAAAAUGCGUAACGAAUCGAAUAUCUUCUUUGUAACCUAUGAAGAAAUGAAACGAGAUUUGCGCGGAGUCAUCGAAAGGUUGAGUGAAUUUUUGGAGAAACCCAAACUGAAAGAUGACCAGAUGCAGAAAUUAUUGGAACAUUUAUCGUUCAACAAAAUGAAGGAAAAUCCCCUUGUUAAUACCACCGGAAUUUUAAAGCUCAAACUGCCCAGUGUCAAUGAAAAUUUCGAAUUCAUGCGUCGUGGAAUUGUGGGCUCUUUCAAAGAUGAACUGACACCAGAACUGCAAGCCAAAAUAGAUGAGUGGUCUAGACAGAUAUUGGCUCAGCAUGGUCUCACCGAGACGGAAAUAUAUUCUCAGAUGAUAAAUUAAAAAAAAAAAAAAUAGAUGGAAAUAAAAAAG